AAGGAAAAGAAGAGUGGGCUGCUGAAACUUCUAGCAGGAGCAUCAACAAAAAAGAAGUCGCGCUCCCCACCAUCUGUAUCCCCCACGCAUGACCCCCAGGCAGCCAUCGAAGGAGUCCUGCAAGGGGCAGUGGGACCUGAGCUCUCCUCCCUCUCCAGCCAUGGCAGGGCUGGCUCAUGCCCUAUCGAGAGUGAAAUGCAAGGAGCCAUGGGGCUGGAGCCUCUGCACAGGAAAACAGGUUCCUUGGAUUUGAAUUUUUCCAUCCCUUCUCCUGCCAGGCAACCCCUCUCUUCCAUGGCAGCUAUUCGGCCGGAGCCCAAGCCUUUGCCCCGGGAAAGGUACCGUGUUGUGGUUCCAUACCCGCCACAGAGCGAGGCCGAGAUCGAACUGAAGGAAGGUGACAUUGUGUUUGUGCACAAGAAACGGGAGGACGGCUGGUACAAAGGGACAUUGCAGAGGAACGGCAGGACGGGCCUCUUCCCCGGGAGCUUUGUUGAGAGCUUCUGAGGACAGCUCGCUGCUCUCUCAACUGGAGGAGCUUUCAGGGGAAACUGCAUAGCACAAGAAGAGACAGCAAAGAGAAACUGGACUGAUAACCACUGCCAUUUUUAUUUCCAAAGACUCCCCCCAGGCCCUUCAGUCUACAGCUCUGGAGUCACAGUGCCCCAUUGUGCUCCUGAGACCAUGUGCGGUGCAUACAGUGGUAUGUUGAAGUAGUGCCUUCCACCUGGAAUCACAGACUGAAAGGACGCCCAUCUGGACUGUACGUAACCUAAACUCCGGCUGUUAACCCUUUGUGUAAAUUAUAGAGAAGAUAUCUUUAAAAAAAAUUAAGAGGAAAGUUGUUAUAUUGCUGUAACUUAUUUGUCAGAGCUGCAGUGUUCUUAUUACUGGCCUAUGCAAGAUGGAUUUGAGAGUUCAAGGAGGUGUGCUAGGAAGCUCUUAAACUGGGAUUUUAUUAUUCCCGAGGGAAA